AUGGAGUUGUUCUUAGUUCAGGCGUGGAUAAUUUGGAAUCAACGAAACAAGUUGCUGCAUGGGGGAAAGUUUCAAGAUCCAAACAUGUUAUGCAGGAGAGCUGUGGAGUACCUGGAGGAAUUUCGGAAUUCUCAAGGAAAUUUGCGUGUUGAUGGUGUGGUGCAUUCAGUUGGUGACGUGUGGAAACCACCUCCAACUUUGGUUUUCAAAUUAAAUUUUGAUGUAGCAGUGUUUUUGGAAGCUAAACGGACUGGAUUUGGUGCCAUUAUACGAAAUGAUAAGGGUGAGGUUAUGGUAGCGAUGUUAGUAGGAGGACCACCAGUGAGUAGCAGCGAAGAAGCGGAGCUGUUAACGUGUAGGAAGGCAGUAGAGUUUGCCACUGAUGCUAGCUUUACUGAGCUUGUGAUCGAAGGAGAUAAUAGUAAUGUAAUGAAAGCUUUAUCUUCUUCUUUGGUUGAUUGGUUGCUCUUAGGCAAUGUGGUGGAUGAUGUGCGCCACUUAGUUUGUGGGAUGCAGUGGGUAAGUUUCAGUUGUAUUAGGAGAGGGGGUAACCGGGUAGCUCAUGCUCUUGCACAGCAUGCUAGGAAUAUUUCUGAAGAUGUGUUUUGGAUGGAGGAUUCACCCCCACCAGCUUUCAAUGCCUUGUACCAUGAUUCUCUUUGUUAUAAAUAG